AUGGUUGUGACUGGGUGGAUGGUUUGGGAGACUGAGCUAGAACAACACCUUGGCGAGAAAUGCAAAUUUGUUGUUGUGGAUUGCCAAUACAACUGUGGAGAAGUUUAUAUGAGGAGAUUUCUAACAGAGCACAAAACUAACGAUUGUCUCAAAAGACCACACAGCUGUGACUACUGUCUGCUGGAGGGAACGUAUCAAGAGAUCCAAGACGACCACCUCCCAGUGUGCCCAAAGUACCUGGUGGAGUGCCCCAACGAGUGUGGAGUGGCUCCCCCAGAUAGAUGUCAACUGGAUGGGCACCUGAGAGAGUGUCCUCUGGCAAUGGUCGAGUGUGAGCUGAAGGAGCUGGGCUGUGAGGACGUGGUCCAACAGAAGGACGCGGACAAACACAUGGAGCAAGCUGCUCAGAAACACUUGAGGUUAUCAACUAGCAAGAAUCAGACAAAGCAUUCGCUAGGCUAA